GGAAAAUUAAAAUAACUGAAAUAACGACGCAUUGUCUUCUUCGGAUUAAGAGGACGAUGAUCCGUACAAAACACUCCUCGCAGGUUUUCCUUCUCUGCUAAGACCACGCCAUGAUCUUCUUCCACCCUGCGUUUCCUUCCCCUUUCCCUCUGAAGCAAACGGUGAAUGAAUUUCAAUGAUUCGAAAGGACGAUCCUUUUUUCCUCUCAUAAUUGCAAUUCCCGAAAAUGUCAACUCCGAUCGAGAGAUACCGUAAGCUAGGAUUCGCAGAGUCCUUACCGAUAAUCUACAAGUACCCAGUUGCAUGCGAGGAGCUAAGCUUCAUUCUAAGAAGCGCUUAUGCAAAAGUUCCCAAAAAUCUCCAAGCCCUCAUCUUCCAGGACAUGCUCGCCGCCUUUCGCCUCUUUUCCGACUUAUCUUACUCUAGAAUGCAGACAUCCAGUGCUAAAGCAGCAGCCUAUCUUCUCCUUAGAAGUGCAGAAACUGCAUUGCCAAAGCAGAAGAGAAAUUUAGCCAUUACAGAAUUUAAACAUGCUAAAGUUGCUCAAAAGAGGUGCUGUAAAUCAAGGCAGGAAGAAAUAGGUAACAAACAGCUGCCGCACGAUGUUCUUGUGCACAUCUUCAGUUUUCUUGAUUUGCGAUCUUUAGUCUCUGCCGGACCUGUCUGCUGGUCAUGGAAUUUAGCAGCCGGUGAUAACCAUCUCUGGCGCUUGCAGUAUGAUAUAUUCUUCGCUAGUUAUCCCAAUUGUUCAAGGCUUAAGGUCUCACCAGAUGGCAGACUUUCUGAAGAGAACACAGUUUUACAGGAAGAAAAUAUCACCCGAGCUGGUGUAGAUUGGAGAGAAGAGUUUAAAAGAGCAUAUAUAGGAAGUUCCUCCAAGAGAUUAAGAUGCGAACGGGGUUAUUGCGGCCAGUGCAAUGCAGUAGUUUGGGUCAAUAGCUUGAAAUGUCCCAGUCGACACUGCAGGGUGAAGCCUAUAGAACCUUGCGAGGUAGUCAAGUACAUAUUGGAUGAUUCUGUAUCAGCGGAGAUGUCUUCUUCAUCAGAUAGUGACAGUGAAUCAGAUGAAGGGUCAAUUUCAAGAUUAUGGGUCUACCCAAGACAAAUUAGUAGAUUUAACAAGAAGCCAAUUUCCAAUUGAUCUUUUCUUCAACAAUUCUUUUGUGAUAUCUUUGUUCUCCAGACUUUUCCUAGUGAAGAUUCUUGAAAGAGAGAUAGUUCUUGUAAACAUGUACUUUACAAAGAUGGAUUUGAGAUGCCAAUUUGCGAAAA